ACCAUACGAAACCUAUAGUCGUUGAAAGGUUUCUGCCGAGUGUGCACCUGUAAUUAACCAGCGCGAAAAUGAUCUCCUGUGUGUUGCUGGUAGGACUGCUAGUCCUUUACAUGAUCUGGGACGUGAACUACUUCCUCCGAUGCGUGGCAACGCUCGGCUACGGUAUGCUGUUUCAACGCAAACGCAAAGUUACAGAACAAACAGCCAUCUACGGGCUCUGCACGACACAGGACGUGGACAUCUUUAUCCGUCACAUGAACAAUGCUCGGUAUCUGCGGGAACUUGACUUUGCACGCUUCCACUUCUACGGUCUAACCGGAAUCUAUGGCAAAAUUAAGGCCAAACGUGGUGGCGCAGUACAGGGCGCUUCCAGUGUGCGUUAUCGGCGCACGAUCCCAAUCUUUACCGCCUAUAAAAUCACCACCAAGUUGGUCUGGUGGGACGACAAAGCUAUCUACCUGGAGCAACAGUUCGUGACGCUAGCGGACGGUUUCGUGCGCGCCGUAGCCAUGUCCAAACAGUGCAUUACCAACGUGGACGUACUAGAGCUGAUGAAAGAAUUCCCUGGCGCUGAACAGAGACCACCAAUGCCGGAGGAACUGAAGCUGUGGCUCGAUUCAAUCGAAAUGUCUAGCCAGAAGCUGCGUAAGGACAAAUAGGAUAUCGGCAAACCUGGCGGGUGUUAUUGCCCGGUUGUGGUGGCAUUAUACUUAAGCAUUUUGUCUGGGGAAAAAACUAGGGGAUGGAACUCCUUGCCUAUGGCAAGAAAACGCAAUCAAAUGACAGAUAAUUAGUAAGCACUUUUCUAUAACAAAUUUCAUCUCAGGUAUUACUACUGAACUUGACAAUAAAUGUUUGAAAAUUUGGAACACAA